UAAUGAAACAAAGAGCGGAAAGCCCUCUCUUAAGCGGUUCUUAGUCCGCAACCGCUAUCGUCUUUUCCUUUAUGAAAUAAUGUCAAUUAUCUAAGUCCAGGUUUUUGCGAUGCCUAUAACGCUUUGGAGUGCCAAGGGAAAUGUAGAGUCAACUGCCGGUUUCCAUUGCAAAGAGGAAGUUCUUCUCGAAGUAGAACGAGUUUUAAAAUUUUUUCGGUGUCAAAAUCAACUGGAGCGAGCAAAAAGACUCCAAACUUGCUUCGAUGCUCUCAAGAGUCUAUUAGCUAAUGUGCAUACUAUUUACUUUACUUUGUCUCUCAUAUUUUUUACUGCAGAACGCCAACUAUUGGCUUUACCACGUUUUAAGACUUCUUCUCCUCCUCUGCAAUUUUAAUAAUACGAUUUCAUUGCUCACCAAGCCUUCCACCGCGGCUUCUUCCUAUAUAAAGGAGGCACUUCAGAAUAUUUUGCUUGCUCCGAACAGCUUACACCAGUCCCAUGAUGUUAUGAGAACUGCUAAAAAUCUAGCCACAUCUGAAAAUUAUAUGAAUAUUGACGAUUUACAACUGACACCUUCAAGUGAAUCAGCCAACGAAUUAGAAAUAGUUUCCCUGUCCACCAUAAUUAAAAAAAAAAAAGUUCACCGGAGAGAGCGAAACUUUAGCAAACCAGUUCAGGCAUCUCGGGAAGUGCUCGAUAAUAACCUUCCUGCUUACCGGAAGUUUCUUGAUACAUCGCCUACGCACCUUCUCCCGCAUGAUGAUAUCAAUAUUCUGCUUGCAAAAAUAAGGUGCCCGUUUAGUCACACUCAGUCAUAUUUUUUGCUUAACUUCUUAUCAGAUCGUUAACGACUGUCUUCUUGCUCUUGAAGGCCUCCCUGUGGUAUUAUUGGAGAAGACAUCCAGCGGCUCUUAUACGCCCCGAAAAAAGCUGGCGACUUUUGGUUUAAGUGCGGGGUGCCUUAACUUCUUUGAUUUUAGAGGUUGUUGGGGCUUGGUGCCGAAUGGAAAAAAUUGGCGUCUUUAUGAAAAGUUUAUACUCGUAUGACUCUGAAAAGCCUUGUUUUUCUGUGUUUUAUACAAGUUUUCUGGAGGCCUUUUCCCACGCUGUACUAAGGUACCAACUUAAACAUAAAAAGCACCUCACCGAUAUUUUUAACGAACUGCAUCAAAAUAAACAAAUGAAUUUUCUUUUUUUUUUCUUGCGCACUCGCGUUGUACAUCGCCAUAUGAGAAACACGCAAGUUUUAUUUAAAGUGUUGGAAUCAUUUCAGAAUUUCAUAAGCAACAGUAACAAUAAAAAUGAUAACCAACAAAAUAAAUAUACUGAACUUCUCAUGAGCGUGCGUAUCAUCGAUGAGCUGAUUUCUUUUAUUACCAUAAGCAACAGCGAAGCACAUGGUGAUAUUGCUGGACUGUUGUAUCCUCCGUUAGCACUUUACCUGAUCACCAUGAAUAGAAUUAUCUUUGCUGAUACUAAAAUUUUUCAUGGCACAGAAUUCUUUAACAACCUGCCAAACUUUUUACUGCGCCAUAAGAAGUUUUUUGUAAACGUCAAGGACUCUGUUUCCAUUGCUAAAGUUAUAAACGAGGACUCUACCCCUCUUUUAAAAGAAUUUGAGAACAAUUUCGCUUCGACUUUUCAGCACUUUUAUAAAACAACUUUUUUUUGCCCCAACGAUCCCACUAUUUAUCCCGGCACACAUUUAUUUGUACAGCAACUUUCUAAUUGGCUCCUGCACUGGUUUAUUUCCUUGCGGAAGAAAGCUGAAAGCUUCUUUACUUCUCGUAUUCAGGAACUUUUGAACUUCCACGUGCGGGCUAUAAGGUCCGUUUUCUUUAUGGAAAACCCAAAAUACGACCGCGUAUUGGAAAGUUUUUUUCAACAAGGGGUGGUCGUUUCGUCCACAACGCAAAUUCAAGAGAUAUUUUGCUACUCUCCUCUGAAAGAGGGCAACUUUUCCUAUGACGUUUUGGGAAAGAGAGGCGUUCCCUUUCUGGAAAGAGUGCGCACAAAAACAAUCCCCCCAAUCUACUACAUUUCUUACGAGACGUCGUGGCCGUGUAAUCUACUUAUAGACGGGCCUGUUAUUGACGUUUAUAAUCGAAUAUUCCAAUUCCUUUUUUUAGUAAAGUACACAAAAACUUUUAUUGAGCAACUUUAUAUAAAAGCCAAAGCCGUAAAGUUUACCUCGGACAUGCGUUUUUUCUUAUUACGAGCUCCUACCUUUUUUCAGUUUGUGAUUGGUAUUUGGGCCUUCAUUUCGUGCUCGGCGCAAUGUUGUUUGGAGUUGACACCUUGCCUGAGUUUCGCGGAGUUGUACGACACUCACACCCAAUAUCUAAGUAAACUCCCUCUUUGCGGACUUUUUAGUGGACAGCGUAAGGCGAUUUUUAAGUCUUGUCCGACAUACUUUUUUAAAUUGUGCAUAAAAGCCCAACUCCAGGAAUUCAUUGGAUAUUUUAAAAAGCUUACUUGAUAUGGUGGAAGUGACAGUCACUAUUUUUUUUUCUUAACUGUUUUUACUAUGAGUACUUCUAGUCCAAUAACUUUUGCGCUCAAUGGAACAACGUCAUUGAGACGAAGACAAAAGUGAAUAAGGCGACUGUAGCAGGGAUCAACGAGUUAAUUGCCAAUUUUAAAAAACUUCGCGAAUACUUCAUUACCCGGAAGGGGCUUAACGGCCUUGAAUCUUUUGUAUAAGAAACGGAUCCACAGAACUCUUUCAAAUGAAUUCUAC